AUGUCUUUGUUUAAUGUUUGUACUUGGUGGUCCGCACAGUGUUCAGAUUUGGGUGAAAAUUAUGAUGUGGCAAGUUUAUUGUGUGCUCGUUUUGGUUUAGAGGAUCAAGAAAAGGAUUACAUUGUUAUAGGAACGCAUGCCGGCCAUUUAUCUAUAUACUAUCCCAGUUACGAAUUAGAUGCUACUAGUAAUACAUAUGGUUAUAGAGCAACAGAUCUGCUGCUGGAACAGCAGGGUAAUUCGCCUAUACUUGGGGUAUACGCAGGCAGAUUUACCGCGAAUAGCCGUAAAGAGAACGCUAAUCAGUUAGCUGUUCUUCAUCCUUAUAUGGUCGUCAUUUAUAGUGUACAGUUUAUAGGUGGUGUAGCGGAACAUGGCGCACAAUUGUCUUUGCAGCAAUUGCACGCCUAUCGGUUCAAUCGUACCGCUUUCGCUUUAUGUAAAGGCUAUUUUGGUAAAGUUAAAGGCCGCGAAUUUUUCUGCGUUGUUCAUUUGGACGGCGCUUUAACAUUUUAUGAACAGGAUGGUAUUAGUUAUGAGUGUAAAUUUCCCGGGCAUCGAGCAUUACCAACACCUAUUGUCUACUGUGAGCGUACGGACAGUUUCUUUCGUUUAGCUUCUGCAUGGAAUUUAGAAUGUUUCACUUAUCAAGAUCUAUCACAUUCUUCUAUUAAUAAAUCGCAAUAUCAGUCGACCUGGUCUAUGUGUCUAGGUGAAGGUAUUCUAGAUAUGAAUGUUGUACAAGUCAAAUCAGAUCAUGCCUCGCUUAUGAUUUUGGGCGAGAGAAAUUUUUUAUGCGUUACCGAUGCUGGCAAAUUGGAAUUUAUACUAAAAUUGGAGUAUGUGCCAAAAUGUUUUUAUUCAUUUGUCGUCGGCUAUUAUUGGGAACCCACAGCUCGCCUAAUCACGAUUAUAUUUUCCGCAUCUUCUAAACUUUUCAUAUACGAAAAGGCCAAUAUUAUAUGGGCAGCCCAUAUCAAACAUGAACCCCCGGUAGCUAUACAACGUUCUAAUUUAAGUGGUUUGACUGGAGCUUUGGUUACACUCGGACCAUGCGGUCAGCUGCGUAUUGGUUAUCUGGGUACCGAUCCGUACGUUUUUCAAGUGCCACCAUUGAAUGUUCAAGAACUAAGCUUUACAGAAGCUCAGAAAAAGCUUCAAGAACUCGAAGAAGAAAUCAAAGAGGCAACUGAUAUUCAAAAUGUGGAAAUAAUCAAUCAGAAGGCGUACGAAGACAUGAAUAUAUCUUUCACAAUCAACGCAGAAGUGAAAGCAGAAGCUGAUUUAUUAUUGCUGGAGGAUAUACCAGUUAAUGUCGCUUUAAAAGAGUUAUCUGUUAGUACCGGUCAAUUGAGAUGGCAUGCCAAGGAAGCUUUAAGCGAAAUGCAAAUAGUUUUUAACAUGCCCGAAGGUAUACGUUGUUCACAGGACACCGUAACGUAUGUUAAUGUGAAAGGCGAUACCAGUGAAACAAUGGAAUUGGAAUUUUUCAUAGCAGAAUUAUUACAUUUUCAUACUAGCAAAGUUGAAGUUGUGGUGUCGUUCAUAAGCAUGAAGGGCGUCCCCCGAGUUAUACAACAAGCUGCUUUCUUGCCACUGAAUAUGUUCUUCAAACUCAAACAACCGCAAAAGGCCGCUUCGAUCAAACUAACAUAUAUCAUAAAUUUAAAAGUCGAGGAAAGUCCCAAGUUGUGCGAUUAUUUCAGUGAAUUCAUUAGUUGGGAAAAUGAAUCGCAGAGUUUAGGUUUAGUGCUUCUAACGACUCUGGGUGAAAAUGUGGAAGAGAUUGUUACUAUAGUGGCUGAAAAAAAUUCAAAUCGCUUAAGAUUAGAGUCGGAUGUGUUGGAAGCUUUUCCUUUAGUAUUGGAACGUCUCAUUUACCAAACGUUAGAAGCACAAAAGCUAAUUCUUGGCCCUAGGAAAGCGACGCUUAAAGGACAAAUUAAUCCAAAUGCCGAUUAUAUAACGGCUUCUGCAUUCAUUCCGGUUCAACCAAUUUUGCAUCGUAUUGAUAUUCAUCAUGAAACACAAGAGAAUAUCAGAAAACAAACGUUGGAGUUGGACGAAUUGUGGCAGCGAUUUAAAGAGUUGCAACGCAGGCUACAAGAAAAAGUUGAAGAUGAACCAAAAGAGAUUUUGGUGUUGCAAAUUGAAGAGAACUACGAUCACCUAAUAGCUGAAGGUGACAGGCUAACGGAAAUGCGUAAACAUGAGUUGAAGCAACGUUGCGACCUCACAUGUGCUCUAACUGUGGCUAAACUUAUUAUAAGUAGUUUAAAAUUGGAAGAGAAAUUGGUUAAUAUAAUAUCAUCGGUUCUAACGACACCAUCUGAAGACUGGACCGAAUUAAGUUGGGAAGAAUCUAUGGCAGCUGGAAUUGAUAUGUUGCAUCAUUACGGUCCGUUAAGUUCUACCAACACUAACAAUCAGCAUAGUAUGAUUGAUUCCAAUAUUAAUACGGAAAAAUCAUUCGAUUAUAAACGUUUUAGGCGAAAUGUUGCUAUUUUAUUCGAACGCAUUGUCAGGUUAGCUAGCAAUGACCAGCAUUUAGCUGAAGCCCAAAUUAUUGAGACAACGGUGCCUAAAAGCUCUAGAGCUGAAAUUGUAGAUCAGAGCACCGAAGAUAUGGCAAAUAUACAUGAAAUUUUAAACGUGCAACCGAUGACAUUAACGACGGCUCCCGUUAGACGUUUGAGGCCCUAUCAGAGAUCAUGCACUUUGGAAGCAGUUGAAGACGAUGACGAAGAAGAAGCCACAGAAGAUGAAGAAGAUUUACGUAAAAUGGGCUAUAAAAAGCAUUACGGCUGUAAGGAAAUGAAUAAAGAAAAUAAUGACGCAACGCCAUGGGUGAAUGAAGAUUUCAAAUUGCCGGAGUCAGAUGAAUUGUUUAAUGACUUGGGUAUAUGGUGGUAA